AUGGAAGAAAUACUGUUGCUGCUCUGUUUAUCUGUUAGGAUGUUAAUGAAUGAGAUCAUUCUGUUCAGUAUGGCCCUAUCCAGUUGUUAUGCUGUUGUGUACUACAAAGGGGAUAGUAUUCCAUUGAAAGUUUCUUUAGAUACUAUGAUUCGUGACUUUAAAAUACAGUUGCAAAGGUUAAGAAUGACAGACUCAGGUUCACAGGAAUUCAAUGGGGAGCAUAAAUGUGGUGGUUCUUAUAAGCUGAAGGACCCACCUGUGAAGAAGAAAUUGAUUAAGCAUCUAUUCAAGGAUCAAAUACAGUCAAAUCCGUCGAUAAAGCCUAAUGAUAUGGUUGCUCAGGUGAAGAGUUGUUAUGGAAUUGACAUAAAAUACCAUCAUGCUUAUAAAGGGAAGGAAGCAUCUAAGGCAGAGAUAUAUGGCGAUGAUGCAAAAAGUUAUACAGAUCUUAUUAGGUAUGUUGAAGCAAUAAAGGCUACCAAUCCUGACAGUUAUAUUAAGUUUGAGUAUGAUAAAGAGACUAAACGUUUUCAGAGGCUUUUCAUAUGUUUUGUUGCCUAUAUGGAAGGAUACCAGUUCAUUUGCCCUAUGCUUUACUGUGAUGCAACAUUUACCAAUGGGAGAUUCAAGGGAACAGUGAUGGCUUCCACUGGUGUGAAUGGAAACCAAGUUCCUGGAGAAGAAAUUGAAGGGUGGGAGUGGUUUAUGGAGAACUUGCAGCAUUGUGUCGACUCUCGUCCUAUCACCUUUAUCAUUGAUCGUCAUGAAGGGAUGAAGCAAAGUAUUCCCAAGUAUUUUCCCAACUCUUAUCAUAGUUACUAUAUCCAUUAUUUGAAGAAUAACCUCCCCAUCAAGAAAUCACAUGAGAAGUAUAAACAAGUUCAAGAUUUGUUCCAUAAAGCUGCAUACUGCUAUAGUGUUGCUAAAUAUGAGUCUGCUUUAAAUGAGAUGUGUAUCAUAGGAUGUGGUUGGGUUGCCAAGUACAUCAUAAAUAUCGACCCCAAGCAUUGGGCAAAUGGUUUCUUCUUAGGAUGUAGGUAUGGGACACACUCGUCAACUAUUGCAGAGUCUUUCAAUAACUGGAUUCUUCCUGAAAGGGAUCUGCCUCCAGCUACUCUUGUUGAUGAGAUUAGGAUAAAUAUUAUGAGGAUGAGUGCAGAAAGGUGUGAGCUCGUUAGAAAUUAUAGUGAUAGUUUGACUCCCAUCUAUAAAGCUCUACUCAAGUCACGUGUCGAUGUAGGGCGUCCAUGGAGUGUUACAGAGUCAGGUAAUGGUAUAUAUGAGGUUCACUCUCCUAGCUCUCAUGCUGUUGAUCUGAUGCAUAUGACGUGA